ACCAUGAGCCAACUCCAGUUGAUGGCUCUUAGGUAAAUAUAAAAUCCUCUCAAAACUGGAUGUAUUUCUUUGGCCUGUCCCCAAAAGCCUGUGCCCUCUCUUAAUGUGAAGACGCACCUCAAACUGAACUGAACAUAUUUAAUAUCUUUAAAUCGCUCGCCUGUCUCCUCAAACUGCAUCGUGAUUUUUUGACCUGUCACUAUGACAGCAGAGGGAAGGCCAGAUGGGUUAAGCGAGCCAGGAACAAAGGAAUAUCCAGAGAUGAUUGUGAACCAAAAGCCUCAAGCUAAUUGCUGCUCUCCAACUCUAAAGAUCUUCAUGGGAGUUCUAGCAUUUGCUCUUUUCACCAAAUCUCUGACGGGGAGUUACACCAAGAGCACCAUCACUCAGAUUGAGAAAAGGUUUGAUAUCUCGAGCUCCACUGUUGGCGUCAUCGAUGGAAGCUUUGAAAUGGGUAAUCUGUUGGUCAUUACUGUGGUAAGCUACUUUGGUGCCAAAUUUCACAGGCCCAAGAUCAUUGGAGCAGGAGCUCUGCUGAUGGCUGUAGGCACACUGUUAAUGUCGCUACCUCACUUUCUGAUGGGACGGUAUGAGUAUGAGACAGUUGCCUCCCACACUAAUGAUGCUGAUAAUUUUACACUAAGCUCUAUCUGCUCACCUAACACCCAGAAUCCCCUUCAACAGCCUGUUUCUGGGUGUCAAAACGGAGAAGAGGAAGGCUCGCCCAUGUGGGUUGUUCUUAUGGUGGGAAACAUUAUCCGGGGCAUCGGGGAAGCCACCAUUGUGCCUUUGGGAAUAUCAUUCGUAGAUGACUAUGCACGCCCGGAAAACUCUGCUUUCUACAUUGGGUGUCUACACACAAUUAGCGUGAUCGGUCCACUGUUUGGUUACUCCCUUGGAUCUCUUUGUGCUAAUCUUUAUGUGGACAUUGGUUUAGUAAGCCAAGAAAGUUUAAGCAUCACCCAACAGGACUCUCGGUGGGUUGGGGCCUGGUGGUUGGGUUAUGUGGUUGCAGGAAGUCUGACACUUUUGACUGCUUUGCCUUUCUGGUGCCUUCCCCGAGCUCUGCCUGAAAUCCCCCAGAGCGCUGAGCUAGACCACCCCUCAAACCAGCACCAACACACACCCACCAUGACAGAUAUAGCCAAAGAGUUUGGUCCAUCUCUGAAGCGUUUGCUCUCAAACAAGAUCUAUUUCCUCUACUUGAUUUCCAACCUUAUGAUGUUUAACGCCUUUGUCAUAAUUAUAACAUACGUGCCUAAGUACUUGGAACAGCAGUUUGGACAGAGCACAUCCAAAACCAACUUUCUCAUAGGAGUGACUACUAUGCCAGCUGUGGCUCUGGGUAUUUUUCUGAGUGGGGUGGUGAUGAAGAAGUUUAAACUGGGUCUUCUGGGCGCCUCCAAAAUGGCUUUCUAUACAGCUAUUGCUGGAUUUCUAUGCACUUUGCCUUACUUUGCUCUCAGCUGCCAAAAUAUUGAUGUUGCUGGGGUCACAGCUCCAUAUCAAAGUUCCAUGGAAGUUCAAACUAUAGAUGGUUUACUGUCUUCCUGCAACUCAGCAUGUGGUUGCACCCACAGCCAGUGGGAUCCAGUGUGUGGACAGAAUGGCAUCACCUACAUAUCUCCCUGCCAUGCUGGCUGUGGUUCUACCGAUGGCACAGGGAGGAAUAUGACUUUCCAUGAAUGUUCGUGUAUCGAGAGCUGGGCUCCGAGUGCAGGAAACUCAUCUGCAGCAUUGGGACAGUGUUCACGAGAGAGCAACUGUGCUAAAAUGUUUUACAUCUUCCUGGCACUUCAGUCUGUCAGCUUCUUUGUGUACUGCCUGGGCAGCACUCCCAUCUUCAUCAUCUCACUAAGGUGCGUGGAGCCGGAACUAAAGUCUCUUUCGGUUGGGAUGUUACUGCUUGUUUUAAGAGUCCUGGGUGGCAUACCUGCACCCAUUUAUUUUGGCGCACUUAUUGACUCUACCUGUCUGAAAUGGGGCAAUAGAAAAUGUGGUGGAAGAGGGGCGUGCAGAAUAUAUGACAUUCAUACUUUCAGGUUGCUGUUUCUGGGACUGGUCGCCUGUCUGCGGGUGUUUGGUUACGCUUUGUUUUGGAUAGCGGUCACACACAUUAAAAAAAAGGAACAAGCUGAAGAAUCCCUAGAACUCCAGAAACCAGCGGUGUGUGAUCCAGAACUGGAAGAGGCUUUAAAUAAAUCAUCUGCUGAGGACAAUCAUGAGGUUCAGAAAGCUCUAAAGGAGGAGUUUUUAUGAUGCAUUGAUACACAUAAUAAUUUUUUUAGUGGUUAUAGAUUAUAGAUGGUUUCAUCAGCAACAACAUAAUGAUUUUGUGGCCCAAAGUUAACUUCCGCUAGACUUCAGCAAAGGACCAACAAGCUAAAUAAAUAACAAGUAAAUUACCUCAGUUUAAAUCAUGGCUAAAGCGUAUCAAAAACUACACUGACAUUACUGUGUAAAAUGAUUGUAUACAAUGUUAUCUACAGAUCCUUGAAUUCUUGCCAAACUUCUCUUCGUACAGCAGUGAUCCAUGCUCGCCAUCUCCCGGUCUUUAAAAAACCAAAACAAUUUUAAAGUGGAUGAAGAUCAUAUAAAAGUGGUCCUAAGACAAUAAUGGGUAUUGGAUAUACAACGUUUAUGAAAUGUUUCCUUUGAUCCACUUCAAAUGUUGACGUAUAUUAGUAUAUUUCUCAAAGGUCACUUUAGUCACAAGUCAGACCGAUAAACAAGCAAAGACCGGAAGUUCUGAACUUUGGCCCGGGCAUGUAAAUGUGAUAACAUGCGUGCUGCAGAUGAAACCGUUUAAAAUGUGAAUAUUAAAAUAGAAAAAAAAAAUUAAAACAAGUAUAAAAUUUAUGUUUUAGUUAGGUUUUGUUUUUUAACAAAAAUAUAAAUUAGUUAUUUUAAAAAGUCAGUCUAAUAUAAACAUUUAAAACAGACUUGAUGACAAUGAAACAGCUAUAAGCUCACUACUUAAAAUAUAUAUUUUUUAAUAAUUUGUUUUUUUAAGGAUUACAAAUAUUUAUACAAAUUAAAAACAAGAUACAAAAAUUUUUGUAUGCAUUUAUAAAGAAGAAACAACGUUAUGGAUGUGAUGUUUCUUAUGGACGUGACCAUUUUGAAAUGUGGACUUCACUAUGAAAAAAAUAUGUUUUACAAACUUUAACAGAGACUUUAGGUAUUUUCAACAAGACAAUAUUGACAUCUAAAAUAUCAGUGUGGUUAAAAACUUUACUUUUCAUGAUAAGGUUGCCCAGUACAUAAAGUAUUUACCUUUAAAAAUACAGUACACAUUUGCUAUAAUGCAAAUUAUGCUUUUGAGAUGCAAUGUAUGUAUUACAACACAUGGUGGCAGUAUAUUUCAAUAAAGCAAUGUACAGUAAGUG